UUAACGUUUGUGCUAGAGGUAAUCGAAAGAGCAAAAAGAAAAAUCCAAAGUCCGAAAAGCUUGUAUUUUGUUUGGAAUAAAUUGUUUGGCAAGAUAAGUGAAAAGUGAAGGAAAUAGUUUUGGUGUUUUAAAUCUAACAAAUACACAGUGGUUAGUUCAGUUGUUUCAAAAUUGACUUGUGGUUGAAUACAAUGAUUCCAUCAAGAGCCACACUGAUGUUAGCAGUUUGCAUCCUCCUGGUGUUGGUCAUGCCUUCGAUGUGUGAAGCCGCUUACCGAAAACCACCAUUUAAUGGCAGCAUUUUUGGGAAACGAGGAAACAACAACGACUACGAUUCUGGCGGUAAAGCAUCAUUGUCUUCAAUGUGUGAAAUAGUGGUUGAAGCAUGUCAAAGCUGGUUUCCGCAAGACAAGAAGUAAAAUGCAUUUAGCACGUCCCUUAAACAUGGUCUGAACAAAACCUGGCUGAAGACUUCAAGAUUACGAUAAGUAAAAAGAUGAAAAUUCUUAAUUUUUAUAAAAAUGUAUCAAUGAAAAACUAAUAAAAAAAAUCAAUUGAAUUAUAAUAACUAGAUUGAAUGUAUAAAACAAUAUGUUGAGUUAGUGUUUAUGAUUUUAAUAUUGUCAAUAAAUUUAUGCCAGAAUGAAGGUCUACUAAACUUCAAUGUCUUACAAUAUUCUACCAAAUAAAGUAAAUUGAU